UAGCGAUCUCAGGCUUUUAUUUCGCAUGGCUCUCUCUCUCUCUCUCUCGGUGUCUCGCUCGCUGUGGACGUCAGCGAAGGGGUUUUGAGACUAGGGUUUGGAGUCCUACUUCUUUUCGACGGCUCCGUCGAGAGAUCCAGGUUUUGAAUUGGAUUCUACCAAAGCUUUCCUAGGGUUUAUAUCGUUUUCUCGCAUUGACUUGUGCGGUUCGUACAAUUUCUUUAGCUUCGAUUGGUGUUUUCCUGCCCAUCUAGGGUUUUGAUCUCAGGAAGUUUCGUCUUAACCAGUUUAGGUUUCUCUCGUAAUUCUUUCUUUUCCCUGAAAUUUUCUUGAUUUCAUUCAGAGAUUUGGAUCUCAAGAUAGAGGGUUCGUAGAUUACCGAUAGACCAAGAAAGGGAAGUUUCAUUUGUUUUGUGGUUGUUUCUGGGGUUAGUAAGGUUUAGGGGUUUACAUUCGUUGGAUUGGAUCAGUGAAUCUCUCGUGGUUAGGGAUAUCGCAAUCAUUUAUAAUUUAAUCCCUUUUGCAAUGGAUAAUUGAUGGACUAUAGUGUGAGUAGAAAAGUUGUGGAUUUUGAAAUUUGUUUUGCUGGAGAAUAAAGAGCAUCAUUAUUUCUACCAACAGUUUUAUUCCCAAAUUCUUGAGCUUUUUCGCAUCUUUACGUGCUCAAAUGACAUUAAAGAUAACUGAACAAGUGCCGCUACAUUGGGCCAUAGAAUUGUUUUGAGGUCAUUUUUUAAGAUAAAAAGGAAAACAACCCAAUUGGGUGAUGAUGGAAAUAUUCGGAUGUGUCUUAAUUUGAUACUUGAGUUGGAUUUUGGCAUGAUGUGCAGAUUUCAGAAUUUGCUAUUUGCUAAGAUUGAUCGGGGUGGAAUUGCUUGUUGUCACCAGUUGAUAUGUGCGGUUAUUUGAGGUUUAUCAUAUGGCACCUAGUGUUCCCAUAGAUUUCACUGGACAGAAGGAAUCGAGGAAGUGUUCAGUAUCACAAAUGAUGGGAAAGUCACGGAAAUACUCUAAAGGGCAUUCAUCUGCUUUUGUCCCGGAUUACCUGCAUGCUGUUGAGACGAUGGGCGAAUCAGAAGGGUUUGGUAGUUCUGGACGGGUUGACAUGGAGAUAACAAUUUCUGAGGAUUCAUAUGCCCCGAAGAGAAAAUGCAUUAGCUUGAUCGCAGAUGGUUGUGAUAGUUUUGUGGUGCCAAUGCAAGUUUUUUCAUUGUCAAAGAUGUCACAGUCUCAAAGGAAGAAAUUAGAAUUGAGGUUGAAAAUGGAACUUGAACAGGUCCAGAUCCUUCAGAGGAAAGUUGCUAGUCUGAAUUCAAAUGUUGUUGUGUUAUCCCCCUCUAGUGAUAUCCGGAGCUGCAGUGAUGGAAAAAAGAGGCCUCCACUUGAGAGUUUGUGGAGGUCAACCGAAAUAUCCGCUCCGCAUGGUAAGAAGCGAGCUCCUGCAGGGCGUAAUGGGUCUCGUGUGAAAAAGAGUUCAUCUGGGCUCUUUGAACCAGUGAAAUUGACUGCAUUAGAGAAUACAUCAAAUGCUUUGUUGAUGGAAAAAUGUAAGUUGUUGCUACAAGGUGUUAUGUUACACAAGUAUGCUUCUAUUUUCAAUGAACCGGUUGAUGUUGUCAAGUGGAACAUUCCGGAUUAUUUCACUGUCAUUAAACAUCCAAUGGAUUUGGGCACGGUGAAGAGGAGGAUAGAUUCAGGUGAAUAUUCAAGCCCAUUGGUGUUUGCUUCAGAUGUACGGCUUACUUUCUCAAAUGCCUUGACUUACAACCCACCUGGAAAUGAUGUCCAUCAUAUGACCAAAACACUCAGUAAAUAUUUUGAAGCGAGAUGGAAAGCUAUUGAGAAGAAGCUUUCGCUGAGCGCUGAUGAGCAAUCAGUGCCUUUAGGAGCUGGUGAUCCUAUAGAAAGUGAAAUUACUACCCAAAUUCCACCUGCUACAAGGAAAAAAUUCCUCACUGAGGAUGACACUAGUAUGAAGCUAGAACCUGUUAGGCAGAUAAUGACCAGUGAAGAGAGGCUGAAACUGAGCUCAGAAUUGGAGGCUUUGUUGGCAGAAUUGCCUGAAAGCAUUGUUGAUUUCUUAAAGGAACAUAGUGCUGGGCAAACCAAUGAGGAGGAGAUUGAGAUUGAUAUCGAUGCUCUUAGUGAUGCAACCGUGCUCACGUUAAGGAAGCUUUUAGAUGACUAUAUGCUGGAGAGGCAGAAAAACCAGGAGAAAGAUGAACCUUGUGAAAUUGACCUUCCUAAUGAGUUCUCAGGCAAUGAUCUGGUUGAUGAGGAUGUGGACAUCGUGGGCGGUAAUGAUCCUCCUGCUUCAAGCUACUCUCCAGUAGAGAUAAAGAAAGAUGUAGCCAAUAGAAACAGUAAAUGCAGUAGUUCAAGUAGCUCUAGUAGUGAGUCAGGCGCUUCAUCCAAUGAUUCAGAGUCAGGCAGUUCAUCUAGAAGGGAAUCAGAUGCUGCUGCUAAAGCCUCAGUUCCCAUUGUUGAUUUUAAGGAAAGCUUGGGCUCUGGAGCAACAUCGGGUCAAAAGAAAGAUGAUCUUGGUGAUUCAGAAAUUGAAAAUAGUGAGCUUUUAGAUUCAAUUAAUGGGGUGGGGCUUGUUGAACAGAACUCCCAGUGCAAGCUAAUGUCUGCUGAGGCAGAUGACCAUCAAGAGGGGGAGAGUGCUCCAUCCGAGAGUCAAGUCUCCCCCGAGAAGCUUUACCGUGCAGCUUUACUUAGGAGUCGUUUUGCUGACACCAUACUUAAAGCUCGUGAAAAGGCACUCGAAAAGGAUGAAAAGCGGGAUCCGGAAAGAUUACGACUUGAGAGAGAGGAACUUGAAAGGCGGCAGAAAGAAGAAAAAGCUCGAUUGCAAGCUGAGGCCAAGGCUGCAGAAGAGUUUCGAAGAAAGGCUGAAGCAGACGCUGCAGCUGAAGCUAAAAGGAAGAGGGAACUAGAGAGAGAAGCUGCACGGCAGGCAUUGCUAAAGAUGGAGAAGACUGUCGAUAUGAAUGAAAACAGCCAAUUUAUGGAAGAUCUAGAAAUGCUUACGGCUGCCCAGGACGAACAUCUACCAAGUUUCCCAGAAGAGAGAAGCCCAGAUCAUUCUCAAAAUGGUUUUGGUUUUGGCAGUUUCAAACUUCAGGGUAACCCCUUGGAACAACUUGGACUGUACAUGAAGGUCGACGAUGAGGAUGAAGAAGAACCACCCAAGAGCACUCCGGAACCAUCAAACGAUGUCGAGGAAGGAGAAAUUGAUUGAUCAGUAAAAAUUUCUUCCUACCAAACCAGCUGAGGUACUAGAGUUGAAGAUGAUCAGAUCAGAUCACCCUGUUCAACACAGGCCAGACACAUUGGGUCGCUCGCCCAAACUGCAUCCUUUUCAGGUUUCCUGGCCAAUUUCCUGUUUGAUGGUGCGCAUCGAAUCCUUGGCAUGAUCAGCAGCCAUGGUUUUGGGUUUGGUUUUUGGUUGGAGUGGUUCAACCUGGUUUUUGGAUUGGGAUGUGGUGUGACUCUCAAACAUA